UAGAGGAGUGCAGUUUAUGCAUUCUUGUUUCAAUGUCUUGAAACAAGCAAAAUAAAUGUUCCUGAAUGAAUGUGCUGUAUAAAUUCACUUUGCCUGGGCAUUUUUAUUUAAUCCAGGGGGACACUACUGGCUGCACCUUGUAAAUCCCCCAGAGCAGCCGGUUCAGGCACAUUAUCAUCUCUGUAUUUGAGAGAGUUCAAGAAGACUGAAGACAACAAGCCUGAUCAGACAGUUUGUUCCAGUUUUGAAUGACAUGGGGUGUGUUCUGUUGUAGUUUCAGCAAAAGUGAAAGUGAAACUAUCAGACUGAGAGACGGUGUCUGUAAAAUGGAGGCUAAAGCUUUGAUUCCUGAGGACGAGCUCUGUUGCUCUGUAUGUUGUGAUAUUUUUAAAGAGCCUGUUCUCCUGAAAUGCAGCCACAGCUUCUGUAGAGAGUGUGUACAGCAGUACUGGAAAGAGAAGCGCUCUCGAGAGUGUCCCAUCUGCAGGAGAAAGGCCUCUAGGGAGGAUCCUCCUAUAAACCUGGCCUUAAGAAGCAUUGUGGAGUCCUACUUAAAGCAGAAGACUGAGAGAGAAACUACCAACACUAGUGUUGCUCGCUGCAGUCUUCAUGGCGAGAAACUUCUAUUAUUCUGCGAACAUGACAAAGAGCCUCUCUGUGUCAUCUGUCAGACUUCAAAAAAACACAGAAACCACUCGGUCUGUCCAGUGGAAGAGGCUGCACUGGAGCUGAAGGAGGAACUCAAGCCUGCACUUAAUCUUAUUAAAGAAAAAUUGAAGAGGUUUACUGAGGUUGAACAAGAAUGUAAGAAAACAGCAGAACACAUCAAGAGUCAGGCCCAGUGCACAGAGAGGCAGAUAAAGGCAGAGUUUGAGAAGCUCCAUCAGUUCCUGCGAGAGGAAGAGGAGGCCAGACUAGCUGCUCUGAGGGAGAAAGAUGAGCAGAAGAGUCGGAUCAUGAAGGAGAAGAUAGAAAACAUCACAGAACACGUCUCCACUCUUACAGACAAAAUCACAGCUAUAGAGAAGGCCAUGGACACUGAAGACACCUCCUUUUUACAGAGCUACAAGAACAUCAAGGAAAGAGCCCAGUGCACACUGCAAGAUCCAGAGCUGCUCUCAGGGGCUCUGAUAGAUGUGGCCAAACACCUGGGCAACCUGAAGUUCAGAGUCUGGGAGAAGAUGCAGGAGAUGGUGCAGUACACUCCUGUGGUGCUGGACCCUAACACUGCAACCCCCUGGCUCUCUCUCUCUGAUGAUCUGACCACUGUGAGAGACACAGAUACAUACCAGGAAUAUCCUGACAACCCAGAGAGGUUUAAACCCUUUGUGAAUGUGCUGGGAUCUGAGGGGUUUACCUCAGGGACACACAGCUGGGAGGUGAAGGUUGGGAAUCAACCUGUGUGGGAUAUAGGAGUGGUGAAAGAGUCCAUCAGUAGGAAGGGAGAUAUAACAGCCAGCCCAAAGAGAGGAUUCUGGGUCUUAAUGCUGAGGGAUGGUGAUGAGUACAGUGCAAGUGGAAGUACUGCCCUCACACUGAAGAGGAAGCCCCAGAGCAUCAGAGUGCAGCUGGACUAUGACAUGGGGGAGGUGUCCUUCUUCGACUCCAGUGACAUGUCUCUCAUUUACACUUUUAAAGACACAUUUACUGAGAGAGUGUUUCCGUACUUCUCUCCCUGUUUGAAAGGAGAUAAGAAUGAAGGACCGCUGCAAAUAUGCCCAUUGAAAAUCUCUGUGAAAGUGACAUCAAAACUGUGAAGGUAUUUGUUUUAAAAAAAGAACAAAGGAGAGAUGUUGUUCUUGGAAAGAACUUUUGUUGUUUUUAAUGUGCCUCUGCAUGCCUGGUUGCUGAUUUGGGUACUCUGGGGUAGACUUGCUGGAGAUGUGAAUUGAUGAAGGUGAGGUGGUUGAUGGCCUACCAAAAACAAAUGGGAGGCAGACAUAUACUCAAAUACAAGUGAUCAUUUGGUUAAUGUAAUCAGCCUCAGUAUGCAUGAAUACUGAUUUGGGACAGACCAGAGGAAGUGCAAAGGGGGAUGUUUUAGUAGUCAGUCAGAAGAGAGCAGACAUGCAUACAGAGGUGACAGUUACCGUUUGAUUUCCUGCAACUUCAUUGCUAGAUUUUGUUCUGGAAAGGGCGUACAAAUCUGGUGCUUGAACAACACUGUAUUGUGAUUUACCUGCAUUGAUAUAAUGAUAAUAAUAAUAAUAAUAAUGAUUAAUUCAUUCAUUAAUCGGGUUUUGUUUUGAUCUAGCUAAUAGGACAAAUCAUUUCAUAUAAUGUUUAUACAUAAAGCAGAUUCUUCUUGUUUAAUCAAAUUAUUUCAUAUCUGAUUAAUUUGAUUCCUGGGUGGAUAAGGCAGUGUACAAGCUUGAAAUGUUUGUGUAUCGUGAGCUCUAGUCAGAUUGAUUGCAUCAGUCUCCUCUACACUUUUCAGAUUUUAUUUUUCUGAUGCAGUGAAGAAUAAAUUCACCCUGUCAGCUCCAUGCUGUAAGAUUUACAUCUGA